AUGGAUGAGUUAUACGAGAUUAAGAACUACUUCUACUUGGCAAACUACCAGGCAGUGAUCAACGAGGUCAACAAAAGAGCAAAGCAACUGCGUAAUAAGGCAGAUGCUGACUUUUAUCUGUACAGAGCUUAUGCUGCAUUGGGCGAUUGCGAUCUUGUAUUGCGAGAGAUAAAGGACAGUGAGCAGAACAGACCACUGCAGGCUGUGCGCACUUUGGCCGCCUACCUGCAGUCGCCAACCAGCAACGCAGACAUUGUGCUUGCCACUGUCAAGCAGUGGAUCAUCGACGGACUGCUCCAGACCAGCGCACAGCUCCAAGUGAUCGCUGCCACCAUCUACUACUCUGAGGGCAACUUUGAGGAGGCUCUUCGUGUCUUGAACAAGUCAGACUCACUCGAAUGCAUUGCACUUCAGAUACAGGUAUAUUUGAAGAUCGACCGAUUGGACUUGGCUGAGAAGCGCUAUUCGGAUAUGAAGAAGCUGGACAUUGAUGCCACACCAUCGCAACUGGCUCACGCCUGGAUCGCAAUCACUCAGGGCGAUGACAAGAUCAAGGAGGCAUUGUCAGUGUACGAGGAGCUCUCGGAAAAGUAUGGCCCAACAUCUAUGUUGUUGAAUGGUCGUGCCACAUGUGAGAUCCUACUAAAGAGGUUCGAGAAGGCUGAGAACCUGUUGUUGCUGUCACUGGAGAAGAAUCCAAAGGAUGCCGACACUCUGGCCAACCUCAUCGUCUGUCACAUGCACAUGAAGAAGCAAUCAGAAGUCACCAACAGAUACCUAAACCAACUCAAGACAAGUGCACCAAAGCAUCCAUGGGUUGCCUCACAGGUCAAUGCUGAAGAAGCAUUUGAUCGAUGCAAGACAAGAUAUGGAAUGUAA